UUUCCAUCGGAGAAAUGGCACAAGUUUUAAAUAUCUUCUUAUUAAUGCUAAUUCAGAUUUUAAUAGUCCAAAUAAGUAAAAAAACGGCAGAGAAGACGAGUGAUGAGGAGAAUGGCACCUGUUGCGUUAGCAAGACACCACGGACCACCACUUUACUGCCAGGUGAAUAAAAACGUCCCCCUCCUGACCAUGUAUUUUGAUGGUCACUCUGACCUCCACCCUGACCUCCGCCUGAACCGAGACGCCAUCUCGGGUCUGAUUGGGCAGCUUUUGGCCACAGAUCACCAUGGCUGGGGGAAACACCUGGACACGCUGGUGUUUCUCUUCUGGCUGGCAAGCGGCACAUCAUACCGUGUUGUGGCCCGGGCCUUUGACAUGCCCAAGGCCACGGUCUGCGACGUUGUCCACAGGGUUGCGGAGACCAUACUGGCUCUGCGCAGAAGGGUCAUCAACUUUCCCUCUUUGGAUGGACUGGCAGAGUUUUCAGCUGGUUUCCAGAAGCUUGGUGGAUCUGCAGCAUUUAGGAAGGUGGUGGGAAGCAUUGAUGGCUGCCACGUCAGGAUCAAGCCCCCUGGUGAGAAUGCAGAAUGUUAUUUUAACAGGAAGCUUUUUCAUUCCAUUCAGUUCCAGGCAGUGUGCGACCAUAGAGGCAGAUUUCUGGACAUUUUUGUUGGAUAUCCAGGAUCAGUACAUGAUUCCCGUGUACUAAAAAACAGCCCCUUGUACACCCAACAUCUUUACCCACCGAACGGCUUCAUCAUCAUCGGCGAUGGUGGAUAUCCGUGCCUGUCACAGCCCAUCACCCUCCUUACUCCUGACAGGGAGCCUGUAAGGAGUCCCGUUGAAGCCGGUAUAAUCGACACCACUCCAGGGCACGAGCUGUAAUAGAGAGAGCAUUUGGUGUUUUGAAAAGCAGGUUUUUUCUUGUUUUAUUCCUUUGUCUUGUUUUGUUCUGAAGUCAAACAGCAAAUUAAAUAUGUAAAAAACAUUUCAAAAGAGACAAGUGUAAAUAGUUUCAGUAGAAUAAGUGUGUUCCUAUAAAUAUGCCUUUAAAAAUGUAACUAUAAUUGAAAUAUCCCCUGUUAUAAGUUAUGUAUAAGUUUAUUGUUUGAGUUUCUAUUUUUAUUUUAAAUAAAAAGAACUCAUCAUUAAAUG